AUGGCCAGGGCCCUACACGGAGAUUGGACGAGGCUGACGGAUGUACACGAGAAUGCGCGGUUACGGUCGUUGAUGAUGGCAAGACGUUUGUCCUCCCUCACCGUUGCUGGAGAGGGUGAAACGGGGGAGAAAGAAGAGGAUAAGUACGGCGUGCAGUGUUUUACAUUUCAGAGUGAGGAGCUCUCCAGAGUUGUUUGCCGUGCCGCUGGAGUAAAGGCGCAGCGCUACUUUAUACAAGUUAUUCCCCGUGCAUUGCGUCAACACCAUUUCGGGGUGGCGCAACUGCCUGCGUCGGAGCCGUGCCCCUCGGGGCGCUACGUGACAUUUCAGUCAUCCGCUGAGGUGGUGACGCGUCGGGAAGCCUGCAAUACGUUGUGCGGCAUGGUGGUGGAGCAUCUUCGAGCCGCCGGGAACUUGACAGCGGGAGCAUUCCUACGGGAGAUUGCGCGGUGCCUUGCGGGUGGUAAGGUACGGCUAGCGCCAGCCGACCGCCACGCGCUUCCCCUCGCAGUUAUGCGCGCAGCUAAUUAUUUCCACCGCAUGGACGCCGCCACGACGACCCGUAUUGCCCUUUCUAUCCCGUCGCAGCAUCUUAUGGCACAUCCAGAGGCCUUGGAGAGCAGCGUGAAUGCAUUGGUGUUAGGUGGGCAGUGGCAGCGUGCGAUCGCUCUGGUUGCACGCACAAGCCGACCCUAUCCGGACUCCUUUGCCGUUGUGGCAUAUGGAGCUCCGAGCUCAGUGGCGAGGAGGGCUCUAAACAUACUACAGAAGGACCAUGUGAGUAGUAACUGGGUGUUGCUUCUACAAGACCUCCUUCAGGGCGAUAUUCGGUUGGCCCAGGAUGAGCUAAUACAAGCUUCUUCUGGGGGUAAAUCACAUUUUGAUGAAAAACAAAUGUUAUGGCGGCGGCGUGUUCUAGGGGCAUGCAGUGCCUUGCUCCACUCCGCAGAAUCUAUGCAGCAUGUUGUGAGGGCCUCCAACAUUUCUUCGUUUUGUGCCUUGGACGUGGAUGAGCAUGGCUUACAAAGACUCCUUCCACUAUUGUCUUGGAAUCAGGCACUGACGGCGCUGACGGAUCUUAUGGAAAGGGGGGAAGUGGUGGAAGAGCACUGGUCGCUCCUUCUCUGUACAAAGCCAUCUAUUCCGUUAGAUGCUGUGCAGAAGAUAGCGUCCUGGUUUCCCCACUCCUUUCUGCUGCACAGUGUGUUUCUGCACCAGCGUGCCAUUGUGCGUGGAGACCUCGUUACAGCCAUAAAGGCUCUUGCACGCUACCACGCACUUGUGGUUACCGAGUACAAGAGGAGCCCGACCUAUCUUCGCCCGUUUGUGGCUUUUCUCAAGAAUGUGUUGCACCACUUUGACGAUGAGGCGUGGCGGAAGUUCCAGGUGUGGCCUAUUGCUCGCCGCGUCUUUAACCAGGUGGUGGAGGACUCUAAGUUUGUAUAUUUGGGGAGGCAGGGGAGGAAGAGUAUUCCCUCGCCCCUUCGCGAGGAAAGCCCCCUCGCCGCGCUGUUCAUCGUUGGAUUCCUCUACCGCCAACUGAGCCGCGCCCUGCAGGUGCCGGUGCCAGCUGCAAUUGUCUCACGAUUGCUACGGGUCGCCGCCCUGCACACGAGUGACUCGCAGACCGCGCUGUAUUUCUUCAAGUGCCUACACAAACCCAACGAUGUUGAGCGAUCUUUGCUUGUUUUUGCGUUGCGAGACAGCGAGGACGCGAUGACGCUGCUUCUAAACACGGGGAAAUUUAUACAACCGAGACCCGAUCAGGUGCUUCUGUGGAGUGACCCGGGACUUGGUGGUGGGAGGUGGCUGGAGGCCCUGACGUUGCUUUCUCAGUCCCCGGUCUCACAAGAGCGCCUGGCGAAGUUGUGCGCCAACUGGACGUGGGAGGAGUCUCUUCGCGCGUUAAAGUUGCUUCAACGGACACACGGAGAUUCAGCCGCGGCGAGGCCUUACGUGGCGUUGGUGGAGGCGGCACAAAAGUUGAAUUCAAAAUCUGUGUGA